UAAAUCGACAAAUCUGGCAAGACUGGAACUGGCACAUUUUUCUGGGGUCAUAAAAACUUCUUGUUGCUAAUUUUUUAAAAUUUUCCAUAGUAAAUUUAUUAAAUCAUAACAAAAAGAAAAAUUAUAAAGAACAAUUAGUUUAAAACCAAAACUUAUUAAUUAAACAAUAAUUAAAUAUUAAAAAUUUAUUAAGCCGGAACAAACUUAACAAGUGUUAAGACGUGUAAUGUUAUGCAAGCGAAUAUAAAAAUAACAAAAACUAAAAAUUUGUAAAAAUGUAUUAAACAUUUUAAAACAAACUUUUAAUAAAACACAGUGAAGAAAAGAAAAUCGAAAAUGGUAUUUAAUCGUAUGCUUUCGAAUAUAAAACACUCCUCGAAUGCCACUUUAAAAGCCUGGUGCUAUCAGUGCGAAUCCAUAUUGGCCCAACGGUCGAGACGUUUACAACAACUAUUUACAUUUUAUCAUCGAGUUUAUGGAUCACAUGGCUUAAAGCUGCUGAUAAGAUCCUAUCACCGACAACUGCCACAAUUUAAAGGAACAAAUUUGGUUUUAAGUGCCGUGGGUGUGGUGGGCUGUCUGACGGGUAAUGGCAGCGGCUCGGGGUUCGAUUGGAAUACGGAACGUUUGAGUUUAGCAAAUUUUGAUACCUGCCAUCGUGAUGUGGAGUUUAUUAACACCAUACAUCGCAAUAAAUUGUGCGAACGUUGUAAAGAGUACAAUAUGAAAUAUUGCUAUUGUUUGGUGGGCAAUAAAGAGGGCAACCAGAAACAUAAUGGUAAAAAAACGCUUAAUGGUACGACACACUUGUAUAUGGAGCGUAAUGGUGUGGAUGGCGCAGCUGGUAAGGGUAGUGCAAUGAUAGAUAGCGAAAGCGAACGCAACUGGGAGCCCUACUUUAGUAAAGAUCAUUUUCACAUAUGGCGUAGAGAAGAACGUACCGCCAUGUAUUCCUAUAAGGUAUAUGCUAGCUUUAAUGAUAUAUCAGCAGCUGAUUUGUUGCACGUACAAGUCGAUUUGGAUUAUCGCAAGCAGUGGGAUGACACAGCGGUAGCUUUGCACUUAAUUGAGGAGGAUCCUAUACCCGGCACCAAUUCCCAUCUAAUCUAUUGGGAAAUGCAGUGGCCCAAGUUUUUCAAUAAUCGAGAUUAUGUCUAUUGCCGGCGUUUUAUAUGUGAUGACAAACGCAAAGUAAUGAUGGUAGCCAAUCGAGGAACACAACAUCCUAAAUAUCCCCACGUUAGUGGCAAAGUACGUGUUACAGACUAUUGGAGUUUUAUGGUUAUAAAACCUUAUCGUAAUUUCCAAGAGCCAGGUGUUCAUUAUAUAUUAACAUAUUACGAUGAUCCCGGUUUGCCCAUACCACAAAGCAUUAAAUCGUGGGUAGCUCAAAAACAAAUGCCGGAUAUUUUACAGAAAAUGUACUUUGCCACUAAGAAUUAUUCGUAUAAAAAGGCCUUGGCCAUGAAGGAUGUUUUCAGUAGUUUUAGUAUGUUAAAUAAUGAAUAUGCAGCUAACAAAUCCCGAGACAGUUGGUUGCAAAGAUUCUGGCGUCCAAGAUCUGAUGAGAAUCUAAAAAAAGGCGAAUAAGGAAAGGAUUGUAUAAAUAGAGAGAGAGAGGGAGAGUUUUUGACAAGUUGCUAUAUAUUAUUGUAGGGAGAGAGUCUUUCAAUAAAUAAUUGUAUCAAAUUAGGUGCCUUUCUAAUGCUCUUGAGUUAAGUAAAUGGACUAGAGGAAUAAAACAGUUUUGAAGAUGUGUCAUUAAGCAAAAGUGUAAACAAUAGAAAAGUUAAACAUGCCAAAGCCAAAUAGAAAAUAUACAAUUAGAAAGUAAUAGUUAAAAAUGAAUUUCAUUUCUAUUUCUUAUAUAGAAUCCUUACUAAAUAUGCGGAUUUCACAAUUGACAGCAUUUUUCUAAAGAAAAUUAUACACUAUAAAACUUUCGCAACCAAAAUGUACAUUUGCAAAAGUUCUAUACUUUUUCAUUCACAGACUUUCUACUUUUUGGCAAAAACUCUAAACUCGUUAAUAGUUAUUACAAACCUCAUUUUCACCAUAUAUUCUCAAACGUAAUAUCAAAAACAUCACAUAAAUCUUAAACUAAUUACUCAAAGACUAAAAUAACGUAAAUUGUUUUAACGUUUUUUUUUUUUUUAAAUUUUCUUAAAUAUGCAAUAGAGAAAAACUUAAAGAAAUCUCUUUAAAACUAAUUGUUAACAUUUUUCUUGGUUCUCCAUUUAAAAAAUUAUAUCUAAAUGUUGUUUAUAGUUUGAAAAAUUGUUUACUACGACUCCCCCCACAACCCAAUAAUGAAAAUAAUUAUUUCUUUAGUUCUUUAAAAAAGUGAUAAAUUUUUCCUAGUUCUAUAUACUUUUAAUUAUUUCGUGCAAUAUUUCUGCAUUUUGUUUUAUUUCUUUUUUCAAAUGCAUUUUUUUAAACUAUUGUAUACAAAAUUUAAUUAAGUUUUAUUAAAAUUCCAAAAAAAUGAAUAAAUAUAUUUGAAAACAAAUAAAAUCAUGAACAAAUAAAGUUUGUUUUUGAUCUCAUUCUAUCUAUUCUAUUGUACUAUAUAUGGAGAAUAUAAGAAAAAUCAAAUUAAGUACAUACACAAUUUUGAAUUAUGUAGCAAAAUAAAAAUUUGAAGAAAUAAAAAAAUAUGUAAUGAAA